CGGGAAAUAAAAACUAAAUAUGGCGGACGUUGAGUCGAUGGAUGUUGAUCCUCCGUUGAAAGACAAUACGAGUGUUAAAGAAACAAAACCCACUAGCAGUGGGUCAGGAAACUCAACAUACGAAGCACCAUGGGUUGAGAAGUAUCGUCCAACAAAACUGCGAGAUAUUGUAGGCAAUGAAGAAACUAUCAGUCGGUUGGAGGUGUUUGCACGGGAUGGGAAUGUCCCAAAUGUUAUCAUUGCUGGUCCUCCGGGAACUGGUAAAACAACAAGCAUCUUAUGUUUGUCUCGAGCCUUACUAGGGACAUCAUAUCGUGAUGCCGUCCUCGAGUUGAAUGCUUCCAAUGAUAGAGGCAUUGAUGUUGUGCGGAACAAGAUAAAGAUGUUUGCUCAACAAAAAGUCACACUGCCAAAGGGCAGACACAAGAUUAUUAUUCUGGAUGAAGCAGACAGCAUGACAGAAGGUGCUCAGCAAGCUCUGAGACGAACAAUGGAAAUUUACUCGAAAACAACACGAUUUGCCCUGGCAUGUAACUCUUCUGAAAAAAUUAUUGAACCCAUUCAGUCGAGAUGUGCUGUGUUGCGGUACUCCAAGCUGUCUGACAGUCAAACGUUGUCACGUCUGCUUGAAGUGUGUGAGAAGGAGAAGGUUAGCUAUGUGGAUGAUGGGCUGGAGGCAAUCAUAUUCACAGCACAGGGCGACAUGAGGCAAGCUCUCAACAACCUGCAGUCUACGUACCAAGGCUUCGGCCAUGUUACAGCUGAAAAUGUCUUCAAGGUGUGUGAUGAACCUCACCCAGUGCUAAUCAAAGACAUGUUACAACACUGUGUUGAAGGAAAUAUUGACGAGGCCUACAAGAUCAUGGCACACUUGUGGCGUCUCGGUUACUCUCCGUCGGACAUCAUCACCAUAGUGUUCAGAGUCUGUAAAAACCACACCAUGCCGGAAUUUCUUAAGCUGGAAUUUAUCAAGGAAAUUGGUUACACUCACAUGAGGAUAGCAGAAGGGAUGGAUUCUCUGCUACAAAUGGCUGGCAUGCUGGCUCGCUUGUGCAAGAAAUCAUCUGCUCCAAACUCCUUUCAGUGACACUCGAACUGAAUACAUGUUCAGCAAUUGUAUCCUCUCUUGGUGCACACCAUCAAGAAACCAGCUGUUGUCAAGUGUUUUCAACAAGCAGGGCUCACAGAUAUACGAAUUCAGUCUGAGCCAUUUUCACAAUUUUGAAGUAUUUUCGUUAAACAUCGACACGUGGCUGAUUUCAGGGUGCAAAGAUGGCUAAUUUGGCUACUGAUGGGGUGAGCCGCAACAUGACAAUAUCAUUCCCAAGACAUGAAGAUAACUAUUCCCAAGUGUAUUAAAUGAACUCUAGUCUGUCCAUGUGCAUUCCAUCACAUCUUGAUGUCGUCAGGAAAUCUGAUAUUCCAAAUCUACUACAUUGUCAUUUUAAAAUAAUGGUAAUCUGUGGGUGUGCCAUCAUUCCAGUUCUUCGUUAUAUGGCUGUUUGAAGUCAGUCCAGGGGACAGUAUUUAAUUUUUUUUAGAGGUAACCGGAACUCAGUGCCCACGAGUUUUACUUUGUAACCAAUUGUUGGGUUACGUGAAUAUUGUUCUUGUAACAAUGAGUUAGGCCUACCUAAUCCUAAAACAUUUAAACUAUGGUUCUCUGCUACACUGGUGGUUCAAAAACAAACUGAUUUUCACUUUCAUUACUGAUACGUGGUACUUUAAAUUUAGAAUGUAAUUGUUCACUAAGUAAAAAAACCGAUCGUCAGUUCUCAUGAUUUUAAAGAUGUGUAAUAGAACAACAGUUCUCCUGAAACAUUGUGCCCUGCAGUUGGUGCAAUAUACUUAACAAGCCAAA